GCAACUGGGUCCCAGCGCCGCUGUGGCUGGUGCUUGCCUCUGAGACAGCUCCCGCCUCCCCACCCCCCUUCUCCAGACUUCUUCCCGCCCACAGCUGCGGAGACCCUGGCCGAGGCUGGGGAGGACGGCAGAGCUGGGCCCAGUCAGUUCCCUCGUCCCCAUGGAUGGAGUAACGUCCGGAGGGACUAGCUAAGGGCGAGUCCUGAAGUACGAGCGCUAGGCUUACGCGCCCCCUCCCCCUCCCUCCCUCCUAGCCACCUCUGUCAUCUCCUCCCUCUCUUCCUUCUCCUCCCCUGCCUCCUCUCCUCUCCGCCCCCCAACCUCCGCUGCAGCGGGAGGAAGAACCCUUUCUGAUCUGCUUGGAGAGCCUAGGUCUAUUCCCAUUUGGGGAGAAAGAAGAGACCCCUGCGCUGCGAACAAGCCGAGCGUUCACCCUAGGGCCACGGAAGUGGCUCGUUGUGAACGCGAGGGCCCGCUUCUAGCGCAGCCCCCCGACCCUCCCUCACGCAGACGCUGCUGCAAAGACAGCGUUCCCCAGCGGGCCUCCGGCCUUGCCGAGCCCACUCCUUGCGCGGGGCCCGGGGCGGCGAUGUCUGGCACUGCAGCUACUGUAGCCGCGACUGCUGCUGGUACUGCCAUCUCUGCCACUGCUGCUGGCUCGGGCCCGGGCCGGGGGCUCUAGACUCUGUAGUGGGGUUGAGCCCGCAGCCCCGCCCCCUGAGCCUCAGGCCGCUGCUCUGCUGGGCGCUGGGCCUCCCCCUCUGCCGGAGCCUCCACCUCAGGAGCUGGAGCCAAGCGGGGAGCCCCGGCCCCGCGCCCAGGCCCGAGCCAUGCAUGGCCACCGAGCUCCGGGGGGUGCCGGGCCUUCAGAGGCCGAACUCCCAGCUUCGAAUCCCGCCUGCGCCGCUCCACCCGCCUACGCCGAUUCGAACCCUGGAACCUUGGAUCCUGGACUGCUGCUGCCCAGGGGCUCAGGCUCGGCUUUUGGCGCCCCCCCGGAUUCACAGUUUGCUGGACCCUCGGACGCCAGCUCUGGCACUGCUCCAAGCCCCUGGGCCGUACCCUGUGUCCCCAGUCCACAGCACCACCAGACCCUACGCUUCUACCACCUGGAAGGCUCUCAAUCCCGACUUGGGCUGCACCAAGGAAACCGGAUCCUGGUUAAAAGUUUGUCCCUUGAUCCUGGUCAGAACCUUGAGCCUCAUCCAGAAGGUCCCCAACGGCUUCGCUCAGAUCCAGGUCCCCCAACUGAAAGCCCCAUCCAACGUCCUUCACCACUGAAGCGGGCACCAGGACCAAAGCCACAGGUGCCACCAAAGCCUAGCUAUCUGCAGAUGUCCAGGUUGCUCGCCCCACCUGAGCCCAUCCCCCCUCCACCAUCCCGCCCACUGCCUGCAGACCCUCGAGUGGCUAAGGGCUUGACCCUCAGAGUGGACUCAAGCCCCAGUUCUGCAGCAGUGUCCUCACUGAUUGAGAAAUUUGAACGAGAACCUGUGAUUGUUGCCUCAGAUAGGCCAGUCCCUGGCCCCAGCUCAGGUCCCACAGAACCAGCCAUGCUGCCACAGCCACCCCUGCAGCCACCAGUGUCCCAGCUCCCUGAGGGUGAAGCAUCCCGCUGCCUGUUCCUGCUGGCUCCUGGGCCCCGGGAUGGCGAGAAGAUGCCCAACCGGGACAGUGGUAUUGACAGCAUCAGCUCACCAUCCAACAGUGAGGAGACCUGCUUCGUCAGUGAUGAUGGGCCCCCCAGCCACAGCCUCUGCCUUGGGCCUCCUGCCCUGGCCAGUGCCCCUGUUCCUUUGGCUGAUCCCCAUCGACCUGGCUCCCAGGAGGUUGAUAGUGACUUGGAGGAGGAGGAUGAAGAUGAGGAAGAUGAGAAGGACAGAGAAAUCGCAGUGCUCCCGAUGGAAAGACAUGAGUCUGUGGAGUUGACUGUGCAGCAGAAGGUGUUCCAUAUUGCAAAUGAACUUCUACAAACUGAGAAGGCAUAUGUUUCCCGGCUCCAUCUCUUGGAUCAGGUGUUCUGUGCCCGUCUGCUGGAAGAAGCUCGGAACCGAAGUUCCUUCCCAGCUGACAUUGUCCAUGGCAUCUUCUCUAACAUCUGCUCCAUCUAUUGCUUCCAUCAGCAGUUCCUGCUGCCUGAGCUAGAGAAACGCAUGGAGGAGUGGGACCGCUAUCCACGCAUUGGAGAUAUACUGCAGAAGUUGGCACCUUUCCUCAAGAUGUAUGGUGAAUAUGUGAAGAACUUUGACAGGGCUGUGGAGCUGGUCAACACCUGGACAGAGCGCUCCACCCAGUUUAAAGUGAUUAUCCAUGAGGUACAGAAGGAGGAAGCCUGUGGCAACCUGACAUUGCAGCAUCACAUGCUGGAACCUGUGCAACGUAUCCCUCGCUAUGAGCUGCUUCUCAAAGACUAUUUGUUAAAGCUGCCCCAUGGCUCCCCUGACAGUAAGGAUGCCCAAAAAUCUCUGGAGCUGAUAGCCACAGCAGCUGAACACUCUAAUGCUGCCAUCCGCAAAAUGGAACGAAUGCACAAGCUUCUGAAAGUAUAUGAGCUUCUAGGGGGUGAGGAAGACAUUGUUAGCCCUACCAAAGAGCUCAUAAAAGAAGGCCAUAUCCUUAAGCUGUCAGCCAAGAAUGGGACCACUCAAGACCGAUACCUCAUACUAUUCAAUGACCGCCUUCUUUACUGCGUACCCAGGCUGCGUCUCCUUGGCCAAAAGUUUAGCGUGCGGGCACGCAUUGAUGUAGAUGGCAUGGAGCUAAAGGAAAGUUCCAACCUCAAUCUGCCUCGGACCUUCCUGGUGUCAGGAAAGCAGCGUUCCCUGGAGCUACAGGCCAGGACUGAGGAAGAGAAAAAAGACUGGGUCCAGGCCAUAAACUCCACCCUCCUAAAGCAUGAACAGACACUCGAAACCUUCAAACUAUUGAACUCAGCAAACAGGGAAGACGAAGAUACACCUCCUAACUCUCCAAAUGUGGAUCUUGGGAAACGAGCACCUACACCCAUACGUGAAAAAGAAGUCACCAUGUGCAUGCGCUGCCAGGAGCCCUUCAAUUCCAUCACCAAACGCAGACAUCACUGCAAGGCCUGUGGGCAUGUGGUUUGUGGGAAGUGCUCCGAGUUCCGAGCCCGCCUCAUCUAUGACAACAACCGCUCCAAUCGUGUGUGUACUGACUGCUAUGUGGCGUUGCAUGGGGUGCCUGGGAGUAGCCCAGCCUGCAGCCAGCAUACACCGCAACGCCGGAGAUCCAUCCUGGAGAAACAGGCCUCAGUGGCUGCGGAGAACAGCAUCAUCUGCAGCUUCCUGCACUACAUGGAGAAAGGUGGGAAAGGCUGGCAUAAAGCCUGGUUUGUGGUCCCUGAGAACGAACCCUUGGUGCUGUACAUCUAUGGAGCCCCUCAGGAUGUGAAAGCUCAGCGCAGCCUCCCUCUCAUUGGCUUUGAGGUGGGGCCUCUGGAGGCAGGGGAGAGGCCCGACAGACGACAUGUCUUCAAGAUCACACAGAGCCACCUGAGCUGGUACUUUAGCCCUGAGACUGAGGAGCUACAGCGGCGCUGGAUGGCAGUCCUAGGCCGGGCAGGCCGUGGGGACACAUUCUGCCCAGGGCCCACACUAUCUGAGGACAAGGAGAGGGAGGAGGUAUCAGUGGCCACUUCUGGGACCACUGCUGAACCCCACGAAGCCCCCCAAACUUGAGAUAAGACCUAGAGGACUUGGGGUGGGGAUUCCUUCUCCCUUUCUAGCUGCCCAUGUCCAGUUUGGGGCCACAGCCCUCCCCCAAGCUCAGUCAAUACUUGAACUCCCUUCACGGGCACUUCAAUCCUGAAUGCUGGGCCUUGGGCUUUUUUUUUUUUAUUCAUUUUUUUUCACAAAUUGUGAAUUUUAAAAAAUUCGUAAAGUGAUGUUCAUUUUCUUAACCCCAAUCCCUAGGAAGGGUGGGACAUGCCUGAAUUAGGUCAUUCCACCACCCCCUCAACAACCUAUAUAUCCUGCCUCCAUCCAAUUCUCCCCACAAUGCAACAGAGGCAGGAGACCUGGAACAAAGUGCCUGAUCUGCCACUGACCAGCCCUGGCACACUCCUGCCCAUUCAACCAGUGUCUUCAUGUGGGAUGGUAAGCAGACCCCUCCUGCUUCUCCCACACCUUCUACAGGGCCACAAGGCUACCCAGGUAUUUUAUUGUCCAGACCCACGGCAGGGCCACUGGGCAGGACAGGAGCGGGGGGGGGGGGGUGGAUACUCUGCUUUGUUUUUGUUUUUUAAGAAAAAUACAGUUUAUUUCAGGCUUAUGGAAACUGA